GACUGGAAAUUUUCUUAUUGUGUGGCGUUACCUGUAUAUAGUAGAAUGUUUAGUAACAUCCCAGGCUUCCAUUAGAUACAAGUAGUACCCUUCUCCUAGUUGUGACAUCCAAAAUGUCCCAGGCAUUGACAAAUGUUCUUUGGGGAGCAAAUUUUACCCAACUGGUAACAAGUUCGAUUUCUGUCUCUUUCCCUCUCCCUCUCUUUCUAUUUCAAUCUUCAUGUGGCUAUAUAUUAUUUGUGGGAAGUGGGUUUAAUUUCAAAUAACUAUAUUGGAAAUUUUGGAUUUAUCUUAUUCAUUUAGCAUAUUGCCUUUGUAUACCAAACAUCUACCAGACGAUGCUACAUAAAACCUAUUGACUCUGCUGAUGUCUCUAUCCAGAACAGGUUUCCUGAUAGACCAAGAUGGACACACACAAUCUGACAGCACUGAAUGAAUUCAUUCUGACGGGAAUCACAGACCACUCAGAGCUACAGGCGCCAUUGUUCGGGUUGUUCCUCAUCAUCUACAUGAUCUCAGUGGUGGGCAACUUGGGCAUCAUCAUCCUCACCAAGAUGGACUCAAAGCUACAAACUCCCAUGUACUUUUUUCUCAGACACCUGGCUAUCACUGAUCUUGGUUAUUCAACAACUGUGGGACCCAAAAUGUUAGUAGAUUUUGUUGUGGAUGAAAAUACAAUCUCCUAUUAUUUUUGUGCUGCACAACUAGCUUUCUUUAUUCUGUUCAUAACUAGUGAAAUUUUCAUUCUAUCAGCAAUGUCCUAUGACCGCUAUGUGGCCAUCUGUAACCCUCUGCUCUACACAGCCAUCAUGUCACAAAGGACUUGUUGGGUGCUGGUGGCAAUAACCUAUCUCUACAGCAUAUUUGUUUCUCUUUUGGUCACCAUAAAGAUUUUUAAUUUAUCCUUCUGUGACUACAAUGUCAUCAGUCAUUUCUACUGUGACAGUAACCCCUUGUUAACUUUGCUCUGCUCAAGCACACAUGAAAUUCAAUUGAUCAUUCUCAUCUUAACAUCUUUUGAUUUGAUUUCAUCCCUCCUAAUAGUUCUUGUUUCUUACCUACUCAUUCUUGUAGUCAUUCUCAGGAUGAACUCAGCUGUGGGCAGGCACAAGGCCUUCUCCACCUGUGGAUCCCACCUGACCGUGGUGGUAGUGUUCUAUGGGACUUUAAUAUUUAUGUACAUGCAGCCCAAGUCCAGUGAUUCCCUUAAUACUGAUAAAGUGGCUUCCAUAUUUUACACCCUGGUUAACCCUAUAUUGAAUCCCUUAAUUUAUAGCUUAAGGAACAAAGAUGUAAAAUAUGCCCUAGUUAAGACAUGGGAAAAAAUAAGCAAAAUAUUUUCUAAAGUUUGAUGUACUAUAUGGUUCCUAUAAAUUACAUCAUGUGCUUUAAAACUUGUCUGUGUGCCUCGAUAGGGUAUAGCAGGCAAAAAUAUAUUUCUCAUAUUUUUGUAAAUUUUUUCUACAUGUCAAUCACUCUUCUAAAUGCAUUGAUGAACAAAAGAGUAAAAAACAUUUUCCUUCCUUGAAGAGAAGAGAUGGGUCACAAAUAUAAUAAUUCAGUAAAUUCUAUAGUGCAGAAGAAUGUGUUGGGUCCCUUGUGGUGCAGUGGUUAAAUUGUUUGGCUGCUAACUGAAAGAUUGGUGGUUCAAACCCACUAGCCACUCCAUGGGAGAAAGAUGUGGCAGUCACUUUCCACAAAGAUUUACAGCUUUGGAAAUCCUAUGGGGCAGU